GCAAAUGUGAAGGAUGUCCUGGUUCUCAGAGCAGCGAAGGACUUGGGAAACCCGCUGUUCGGAAUGUGUGUCCUGGGGAAGGAAAACAUGAUGCCUCUCCUUUUCUCUUGUCUUUUCGUCCUCUUGCAGCUGUCCGGGAACCUGGCUUUAGUGGUGACCCCUGGUGAUGUGGCUGUGUUGGAGGGCCGCUCGGUGACCGUCCCCUGCCACUAUGACCCCCAAUACAUCCACCACGUCAAGUACUGGUGCCAGGGCAGGAUGAAGGACUUCUGCACGACCCUGGCACGCUCUCAUGAAACGGGAGACGCACCGACGGCAGAGAACAGGGUGUCCAUUUUUGACGACCCGACCCAGCUGGUGUUCACGGUGACCAUGAUGGACCUGACGGAAGGGGACUCGGGCUGGUACUGGUGCGGAGUGGAGGUGCGGGGGAUGUGGCAUGCCGAUGACGCCGCCGCCCUGCACAUCAGCGUCGUACAUGGUAUGUCAGUUUUGAACAGCAGGGUGCACGGAGAGGAAGGAGACAGCAUCGAUGUUCGCUGCCAAUACAGUCUCCGUCACAGGGAGAGUGAGAAGAGGUGGUGCAGGAGUGGGGACUGGGGAUCUUGCGUAAAGACAGACUCCAAUGGAACCUUCCAGAAUGAGGCCGUGGAGAUCCAAGACGACCAAUGGGAAACCUUCACUGUGACCCUGAAGAACGCACAGCGGAGGGACACUGGCUGGUACUGGUGUGCCUCCGGGGAACAGCAGGUGGCUGUCCAUGUGAAUGUCACUCCACGUGCCACAACUACGCCGUCUUUGGUGACAGACCUGACUACCCUGGUCACUGACGUCAUGGAGAGCUCUGAUCCUACCACGUGCACUGAAGCAGUUGCACCACCUGCAAGAGGAUUUGUCCAGCAACCUCACAACGCUUGGAUGCCUCCACUGGUCAUUUGUCUGGCCCUCCUGCUGUUGCUGAUGGGGAUUCUGGCCACACAGAAACUAUGGAGAUAUUACAAGAGGAGCCGAGCCGCCAAAGAGCUAGAGGAGCUGGAGUCCAGGCUCACGGUCUGUCCUGUGAGAGAGGCGGACUGGAAGAACACCACCAUCGUCUUCCUGAACACCUCCACACAGCAGCUACAGGUGCUGGGGAAGGACAAACACAACUUCUGAGCAUGGUACCAUGUUUACUCAGGCCUUCACUCUUCUGAGCAUGGUACCAUGUUUACUCAGGCCUUCACUCAGAGAACUGAGAUGCUGGACACUCCUCCUGGUUUUUAUCCAUAUGCUGUGCAGGACAAAUAUUGUAAUAGCACUAAUGAUAGCACUAAUAUUAGUGCACUCUGCACAACUUGGAUACCAUUUAGCCUGGGUGACUUCAUUAACUACCAGACUCUUCUACAUGUACCUGUGUGUGUGUGUGUGUGUGUGUGUGUGUGUGUGUGUGUGUGUGUGUGUGUGUGUGUGUGUGUGUGUGUGUGUGUGUGUGUGUGUGUGUGUGUGUGUGUGUGUGUGUGUGUGUGUGUGUGUGUGUGUGUGUGUGAGAGAGAGAGAGAGUGAUUGUAUUUUUGCAUGUGUUUAUAAUGGAUUUCUAUUGUAUAAUGUAGGCAUAUUCUCUGAAAUCAAACAUGACAUAUCAGAUAGUG